AUGGCUAAAUCAACUCUCUAUCCCCAAGUUUUCUUCUAUCUUCUGCUCCUGUUGUCAUUUGACUCUGGGAUCUUGCUGAAGUUGGCCAAUGGGCAGAGCAAAACAUGCUGUGUUGCAAAGCCAUCCACCGACGAUGCAGCACUGGCUUCCAACAUAGACUCAGCCUGUAAUUAUCUUGGAACCCGGGGACUAAACUGCAACCAAAUACAGCCAGGUGGAGCAUGCUACGAUCCCGAAACUCUCAUCAACCAUGCCUCCGUCGUCAUGAAUUCUUAUUACCAAGACAAUGGUGGUCAGGAACAUGCAUGUCACUUCACUAACUCCGGUCUCAUCACUGUAUCCGAUCCAAGCUAUGGAAAUUGCCAGUAUGCAUGAGGGGUGAUGAUAUGAAAGACGUGUUGCUCGAAGGUUCCUGGGUGCUGUCU